AUGUCCACCUCUCAACAUCCGAGUACUCAUGAAUCCACCAAGAAUACUCACACUACCUCUACCCCUAUGUCCACCUCUCAACAUCCUAGUACUCAUGAAUCCACCAAGAAUGCCCACACUACCUCUACCCCUAUGUCCACCUCUCAACAUCCGAGUACUCAUGAAUCCACCAAGAAUGCUCACACUACCUCUACCCCUAUGUCCACCUCUCAACAUGUGAGUACUCAUGAAUCCACUAAGAAUGCUCACACUACCUCUACCCCUAUGUCCACCUCUCAACAUGUGAGUACUCAUGAAUCCACCAAGAAUACUCACACUACCUCUACCCCUAUGUCCACCUCUCAACAUCCGAGUACUCAUGAAUCCACCAAGAAUGCUCACACUACCUCUAGCCCUAUGUCCCCCUCUCAACAUGUGAGUACUCAUGAAUCCACCAAGAAUACUCACACUACCUCUACCCCUAUGUCCACCUCUCAACAUGUGAGUACUCAUGAAUCCACUAAGAAUACUCACACUACCUCUACCCCUAUGUCCCCCUCUCAACAUCCGAGUACUCAUGAAUCCACCAAGAAUGCUCACACUACCUCUACCCCUAUGUCGACCUCUCAACAUGUGAGUACUCAUGAAUCCACCAAGAAUACUCACACUACCACUAACCCUAUGUCCACCUCUCAACAUCCGAGUACUCAUGAAUCCACCAAGAAUGCCCACACUACCUCUACCCCUAUGUCCACCUUUCAACAUCCUAGUACUCAUGAAUCCACCAUGAAUGAUCACACUACAUUUACCCCUGUGUCCACCUCUCAACAUGUGAGUACUCAUGAAUCCACCAAGAAUGCUCACACUACCUCUACCCCUAUGUCCACCUCAUAA